CCCAAAUCUCAGAGAGAUACUGCAACUCCGGCGCGAAUUCUCUCUCUCUCUACAAGGAAAAUGGAGGAAGAAGAAGAGCAGCAAAAGUCACGGCCAAAUCUGGAGAGGAAGAGCUCCAUAGUGAUAAAGAUACCAUCUUAUCAGGAAGUUGUUGAGAGCUCACAGUCGAAGUCAACCCCACCCUCUCUCUUCAACCCCUCCCAGUCCUUCUCCCAAGCCUUCUCCUUCAUCAAAUCCUCUGAGUUCUACAUCCCUCCUCCUCCACUCUCUAGCACCUCAUCCUCUUCCUUUUCACAGCCGAUUCAGGCCUCGGAUGGAACCGGUUCAAGGCAAACUACUCAAUCAGAUGCACCAUCUUCUUCCUCAUCUGCUUCUGCUCCUGCUGCUACUCCUUCGUUGAUGUUAUCAACGUCACUUGCCACACAGAGUCGCAAUGCUAUUCUUGUGAGCCACAGACAGAAAGGAAAUCCCUUGCUCAGAUAUAUCAGGAAUGUGAGGUGGGCUUUUGCAGAUGUUGUCUGUGACUACUUGCUUGGUCAGAGCUCAUGUGCUCUCUAUCUGAGUCUUAGGUAUCAUCUGCUGCACCCAGACUAUUUGUAUUUCCGUAUCAGAGAACUGCAAAAGAAUUUCAAGCUUCGCAUUGUUCUAUGUCAUGUUGAUGUGGAAGAUGCAGUCAAGCCUUUACUUGAAGUUACUAAGACAGCUCUACUUCAUGAUUGUACCCUAUUAUGUGCUUGGAGCUUGGAGGAAUGUGGACGCUACUUGGAGACGAUAAAAAUCUAUGAAAACAAGCCUGCAGACAUUAUUCAAGGCCAAAUGGAUACAGACUAUCUUUCACGGCUAAAUCAUGCUCUUACAACGGUUCGACAUGUUAACAAGACCAAUGUAGUCACCCUUGGUACUACAUUUGGGUCCCUUUCACAUAUAAUGGAUGCAUCCAUGGAAGAUCUAGCCCGAUGCCCUGGAAUAGGAGAGCGCAAGGUAAAACGUUUGUAUGACACUUUUCAUGAGCCAUUCAAACGGGUGGUUUCCAGCCGUUCUACUGUCCCAGAUACUCCUAUCCAAGACAAUGGUGAACCUUGCUCUACCAAAGAAAAAGACGAGGACAAGGACAAAGAAAAUGCAAGCAACCAUAAGAAAGAGCCUGAAGUGACAGUUAAAUCAGCCCUGUCUGCUGCUUUUGCCAAGUAUGCCGAUAAAGUUGGUAAAAAGAACAACACCUAGUCAAUGGGGGAAAAGAGAGGAGAAACAUCUGUUUCUGUGGAAUCAGAAGCUAAAAGAAAAGGUUCCUUAUGGAGUUGCUCCAAGUUGAUUACCUUUUUCAGACCUCAACAGAAGCCCAAGCAUGAGAGCUAGGUGAGAUGGAAAUGCUGAAGGUUUUGCCAUACUUUAUAUGUUGGCACUGGAAAGAAAUCAGAUAGUGGCAGUCUACACACACUUUAGUGACACCCGUUAAACUGGUCCUUUCAUGCCCUUGACUUUAUCCCUGCACCAAAGAAAAUCUUGAGCCAAAAUGUAAUUUGUAUAUCUACGUAUAGAUUCCUAGAGUUACAGUUGUGUUGUAAUAUUAACAUUCAUUUUCCCCAAUGAAAUUAAGCUGUCAUUUGUUGCA